GUGCGCGCGUGCGCGUCGCCGCUGUCUGUGGGUUGGCUGGUUAUUUUGCAAGCGGGAGGGGCCGUGCGCGCUCUUGCCUCAGGCCUCUGUCCCCCCACCCCCUUCGCCGGUACCGGUCUCUUCUUAGGAAAGAUGUCGGACACGGCAGUGGCUGACACUCGGCGCCUUAACUCGAAGCCUCAGGACCUGACCGAUGCUUACGGGCCGCCAAGUAACUUCCUGGAGAUAGACAUCUUUAAUCCACAGACGGUGGGCGUGGGCCGCGCGCGCUUCACCACCUAUGAGGUUCGCAUGCGGACAAACCUACCCAUCUUCAAGCUGAAAGAAUCCUGUGUACGGCGACGCUACAGUGACUUUGAGUGGCUGAAAAAUGAACUGGAGCGAGAUAGUAAGAUUGUAGUACCACCACUGCCUGGGAAAGCCUUGAAGCGGCAGCUUCCUUUUCGAGGAGAUGAAGGGAUCUUUGAGGAAUCUUUCAUUGAAGAAAGGAGACAGGGCCUCGAACAGUUUAUUAACAAAAUUGCUGGGCACCCACUGGCUCAGAAUGAACGCUGUCUACACAUGUUCCUGCAGGAGGAGUCAAUUGAUAGGAACUACGUCCCUGGGAAGGUGAUUGUGAUAUUAGAAGCAUGACAGAACAGAUUGCUAAAAGGGGCUGCAGAGAUGGCUCAGAGCUCUGAUGG